AUGACGUUCAUGCAUAAUCUCCCCCAGGGCUUCACCGUCUUCCAGACGCAAUUGGGCGCUCCUUUGCAGUUCAUCCCCGCCCUCGGCACUCAGGAGCUCGACGACAUGGUUAGCAUGUACGUCCCCGGCAGCGCACCUCUGAGCGACAAGCGCGCCACCAUCUCCGUCGACUUCCUCGAGUAUGCGCAGGUCACUGGACAGGCCUUCAAGUUCUACGUCGUCCCCGGCUACGUCGCUGCCUCACCUGCCGAGUCUCCCACCACCGCCUCACUGUCAGCCUCCUCCAUCAGCGCCAGCCCCGUGACAUCGAACUGGGACUGGAGCUCGGUGACCGGCGGUCCUUCGCGUUCCGCCGCCGCAUCCCGCAAGGCGUCCGGAUCGGCAAGUUCGCGCCGCCCUGCCGCGACCACCAGCGACUUUUCGCACCUCCCCGGGAUGAAGAUCCUCACCAAGGACGGUCUGGAUGUGACCAACGCCGCGGCGCGCGGAUCCAAGACCAAGGAGCAGCGCGACCACGCUCACUUGAUGCGCGUCAUCAAGGCCUGCGAGAGCUGCCGACGCAAGAAGGUUCGUUGCGACCCCAGCCACAAGAAGCGUGCCGCCACGACCGCUUCGCAGCCUCAGCAGCCUGUCGUCUCGGGACGGGUCGCAAAGAAGGCUCGCAUCAGCCAGGAGAAGACGGUUGGCCCCAGAGCUACAAACACGCCCUCGGCCACCCCUUCGUCCGAUAUGCUGGCCGCAUCAUCAUUCGACACUGAGCUGGACUGGGAUGCCUUCCUCAAUAUUCCUGAGGCCGAUGGCACCUUGGGCAUGACUGCUACUGGCGACGAGUUCUGGAACGACUUGAGCAUCCCUCACCCCGACGACGAGGAUGACUACAACUUCUUCCAUGACCCUCAAGACGUGCUGUCACAAUCCGUGUUUGGGCACGACGCCUUUGCGACAUCGACUAACAAAUCCUCAUCGGCACUGGGCGAUUCGCUGUCCUCUAUCCGCUCGACAUCAAGCAGCGACCACAGCCCUUCGCUCGACGUGGUGGAACAAUGGUGGUCGCCAGCAUCGAUAGAGGGUGACUUGGGCAGUAGCGGCGAGUUACUGCAGGCCUCGCUGUCGGCCUCGCCCGGCCUCGCCAAGGAUGAAGAGACCUUCACCGCCCCUGCUCCUAUGGCUGGGUCGUUGGUUAGUCUGAAUGUGUGGUCACCCGACCCUGGUUGUGCACCACUGUCGUCACCGUUGCCUGCGCCACUACCUGCAGCAUCGCAGACCAUCCUGGGCGAUAGCUCUGGCCGCUCCGGCGGCCUGUUGUAUUACGCAGCUAUGGCGGUGAUGAGUGCUACGACGAGCAGCAGCAGCGGCAGGAAGCAGUCAAAGUCCCAUCACGGCGUGGCGCAUGGCGCUUUGUCUGGGUCCCUGAGAACAGACGGCUGGCUUGCCCAGCACGCCAGGGCUCAAAUAGCCGCUUUUGCGCUCUUGCAGCGGGUCAAGAUGAAAACAAUAUCGUUGGCAGGCGCCAAGCGUGCGGGCGAGGCAACCACAAAGGCUUUGCGCAAGCUGUUUGGUCGUCAAAACUCGUCAAAGGAAGGAGCAGCUUCGGCCGAGGGGGAAGAGUCCGGGUCAGAGCUCACCCAAGACUCACCCCAGCCUGACAAGCAACUCGCACGGGAUAACCACGACCAUACCGACAUCAGCAGCAAUCCCCAGCCGGCCAGGGACGUGGAACCAGACGAAACCAAUAAUACCAUGGGGGCCGAUCAAAAAGCUCUCCCUCCCAUCGCAACGCCCGGCUUGCGGCAACUGCAGAACAAGAUGGCGGCAUCGCAGCAGAAGCCCACGACUGUUGGCAAGGAGAGCCAGCCACCUGUUCCUGCAUCUGUCGUCAGCGAAGAAUCCCAGCCAUCCGCCCAGCUCAUUGACGAUCUCAUCGAUCACACCAAGCGUCUUGGAGUGGCCGAGGUGCAACAGCCCCCCACCGAAGAGUCCAAGCCCGAGGAAUCAGCCCUUCGGACGCUGACGCCUGAUGAGUUUCUCUCAGAAGAGGAGAGGGCGUACCGAGCGGGUAGAAGGAAACAUCUCGUGUUCAUCGAGGAGGCGCUCGAUAUGGCCCGGCUCGCCCUCAGGAUCAACGAGACGCCCGUAGGUUGCGUCCUUGUUUAUAACGGGCGGAUUAUUGCCCGCGGCAUGAACGCGACAAACGUCACCCGCAACGGCACACGACAUGCGGAGCUCAUGGCGCUCAACGCGCUGCUCUCGAGGCCAGGCAAGACCGGUCCGCUCACGACAUCACUGAAACCCACGGUCGAGCGCAACGACGAAGACAGCGACGACGGCACAUCGACAGCGGCAACACUGCAUUACGAGGGCAACGAGGAUGGCAAGAAGGGACAUUUGUAUCCCUAUGGCCAAAAGGAGAUUCCCGACGAGACCUUUGACCGAAGCAUCAUCAAGGAGUGCAUACUGUACGUUACGGUCGAGCCGUGCGUCAUGUGCGCGUCGCUGUUCAGGCAGCUGGGUAUCAAGAAGGUGUUUUUUGGUGCCGUGAACGACAAGUUUGGCGGCACUGGUGGUGUGUUCAGCAUUCAUGCCAACUCGCUCCCCGUUAGAGAAGAUGGGCAGACGGCAAGUGCGCACCCGGCACCACCUCCUAUGCGUCUACCGGACGGCAAGCAGGUACUGGGGCUGUCAUUCCCGCCUGGUGGUGGAGAUGGCGGCAACGUCGAGCCAGGGUACGAGAUUGAGGGCGGAUGGGGACGCGACGAAGCUGUCGCGCUUUUGAGACGUUUCUACGUGCAGGAGAACGGGCGGGCCCCGGUUCCGCGCAAGAAGGAGGGCCGUGCGGCACGUCUGGCAGCUAUCGAGGGCGGUGAAGUAGACAAUGCCUCGGUCAACUCGGGCUCUGGCGUUGGCGGCAACGGGACGAUGGCUGAUGAGGACGAGGACGAGCGUGUCUCCGGCUAUGGUGUUUCUGGCAAGAAUGGUCCCAUGGAGGACUUGAAUUCGCCGUCUGGUGAUGGAACAGCUCUCGGAGACGCGAGCGCAGGCUGGAAGUAG